AUGAGCGCUUGGAACAACAUCGCCGCGACUCGGCGAAGACACCAGCGUCCUACUCCUUGUUGUUCUCCGGGCUCUUAUAAACUUGUGUUGUUUUCGCCUCAGCUGCUGCACCCCCCGAACCGCUUUGUCACGCUUGAGCUCACGUCUGGAACGUCAUCUUCGCUCACCAUGUCCCUUGCCCUUGACAACCUCCACCUCCUCGACGAGCGUAAGAGCCCCGAGUCUUACAUCGAUCCCUCCACCGCCGGCUUCUCCUUCGACCCACUCUCGGGCAUCGACAUCAUGCACUACGCCGGCGAACCGUACGGCAUGCCCACUUCGUCCCCUAGCAUGGGCUACGGGCUCAACUUGACCGGCCCGAUGACCGAGUACACCUAUGGCCCCGCCUCGUACACGUCGUCUCCGCCCGCCCGCCCGUACACCCCGCCGAGUAACGCUAGCAUCUUCCCCGGCGCACUCGCGGCAAACAUGAGCGGCGCCGAGUCGGACCAGUCGGGUCGCACCUCUCGCAACUCGUCCAGCUCGCACCCCUCGCCGUCGAUGAUCCCGCGCGCAGCUCACCGGUUCGACCCGAUGGCCUCCGCAUCUCGUCCCACAGUCCGCCGUCGCAAGACCAAGUCUUCCGACGACUUCUCUGAUGACGAUGACGACUACGCCCCGAUAGCUCCCCAGACGGGCGUCAAUGUCUCGGGUGGUCCCAUGAACCGUCGCGAAGAGGUUCGCCGUCAGCGCAUCGAGUCGGAGCAGCGUCGCCGCGACGAGCUUCGGGAUGGUUACCGCCGGCUCAAGGACGUGCUCCCGGUGUCGAACCAGAAGUCGAGCAAGGUCGCGCUUCUCGACCGGGCGACAACACAUAUUCGCUACCUCGAAAUGUCGCACACGCAGCUCCAGACUCGCCUCCAGCAGGCCGAGGAAGAGACACAACGUCUGCGCAAGCUCAACGAGAGGCUUAUGUUCAACACCGCUGAGCAACGACAAGCGCUUCUUAAGCAGCAGCAGACUGGCGCGUUCUGA